UUUGUCUCGACUUGAAGAAUAUAAAAUCUGAUCAGUUAAUAGAUUGAGUUGUUGGGAUUAAUUGAUGAUUAAUUAAUGGUUUUUAUUUCUUAAUUGUGUCCGUUUGUCUUUUCUUUUCUAUUGGUUAAUUUACUCUUUAGUUUCCCCAAAAUCUAUUUAAUUAACUCACUGCAAUAAUUGUUUGUUUCUUUGUAGAUCUUUUUACAUUCAAAGGUAAUGACUGGAAACUUGUUAGUUGCUCUAUUUGCCUGUCUGGCCACUGGCAUUGGUGCAACUGUUUAUUUUAGAGAAGAAUUUGAUUCUCCAAGUUGGGAUAAGCGAUGGGUACAAUCAGAGUUUUCGGGUAAAGAAUUUGGUAAAUUCGAAUGGACUGCCGGUAAAUUUUAUGGCGAUGACUUGAAAGACAAAGGAAUCAAAACAUCACAAGAUGCCAGAUUUUAUGGGCUUUCUGCUAAAUUUGAAGAUAAUAAAUUUGAUAAUGAAGGAAAAGAUCUGGUCAUUCAAUAUUCAGUUAAACAUGAACAAAACAUUGACUGUGGUGGUGGAUACUUGAAAGUAUUUGAUUGUUCACUUGAUCAAAAGCAACUUCAUGGUGAAUCACCUUAUUUACUUAUGUUCGGACCUGAUAUCUGUGGUCCAGCAACCAAAAAAGUUCAUGCAAUUUUCAAUUACAAAGGAAAAAACUUGCUCAUUAAUAAGGACAUUCGAUGUAAAGAUGAUGUUCAUACUCAUGUUUAUCGAUUGGUUGUUAAACCAGACAACACUUACAAAGUAUCAAUCGAUGGUGAAACCGUUGAAAAGGGUGAAUUAGAAAAAGAUUGGAACUUCUUAGCUCCAAAGAAAAUUAAGGAUCCAAAUGCCAAGAAACCCGAAGACUGGGAUGACCGAGCUAAAAUUGAUGAUCCAGAAGACAAGAAACCCGAAGAUUGGGAACAACCAGAAUAUAUUCCAGAUCCUGAUGCCACUAAACCCGAAGAUUGGGAUGAUGAGAUGGAUGGUGAAUGGGAACCACCACAAAUUAAUAAUCCUGCAUUCAAAGGUGAAUGGAAACCAAAACAAAUCGAUAAUCCAGCUUAUAAAGGACCAUGGGUUCAUCCUGAAAUCGAUAAUCCUGAAUAUGUUGCUGAUGAUAAACUUUACCGAUACCCUGAAGUUUGUGGAGUUGGUUUUGAUUUAUGGCAAGUUAAGGCUGGAACCAUUUUCGACAAUGUAUUAAUUAGCGACAGUGAAAAGGAAGCCGAUGAAACUUUGAAUGAAAUUUUAGAAAGAGUAAAAGAAGAAAAGAAAAUGAAAGAGAAACAAGACGAAGAGGAAAGAAAAGCCGCUGAAGCUGCAGCCGAAACUAAGAAAGACGAAGAAAUUGACAAGGAAGAAGAAACAGCAAAUGAUGUCGAUGAUGAUGAUGAAGAAAAGUCCGAUUCUAAGCAUGAUGAAUUCUAAUAAGAAUCACCAACACCAUCUAGUAAAUUUUUUUUCAAAUUUAACUUUAAUUCAAAACUAAAGUAAUAUAACAGCGACUGGAUAUUAAUUAAAAAAUUCAAUCCAUUUCGUACUUUUGUGUAAAAAAAAACGAAAA